AUUCAAACAAAUACUUCAAAUUAGUUUAUAAUGGCUGAAAAGAUAAGAAACGAAAAACAAGCGGAUUCAAAACAUAAAGAAAAUAAGCAUUCAGGCCAGCAUCAGCAUGGUAAACUUGUUCCAAGGCCAGACAAAGCCAUUCAUGCCAAAAUCUCCUCAAUAUCAAUGAACAUGAACACUUCAAAUUUCUCUGAUAAAAAGUCCAAUGAUUGCAACAUUUCAUGUGCACCUAGUUACAGUAGCAACAUAACCCUUACUAGAUCUGGGUACCUUCCAUCACCUCUCAGAUUGGAUAAUCGAGGCACAUUCUUCGACUCAUGCAACAUUGAUAACGAAUCAAACAGCAACAGUAAUGAAGUAUUUUUUCCUUCAAAAGACCACAUCUUCUUAACCGAGACAAUCGACACAACGACAAUGAGCAGACAUAGAAAUAUGAACAAAGACAUUGAAGUUGAUGUCUCGACGUCUCUUGUCAAGUCGCCUGCCAGGGUUAUUCGACACCACCAUCACCAACAGCCCCAACAUUUCUUUCGGCAAAACUCAGACUCAAUAAAUGUAACAGCCAUCUUACCAAGCACCAUCGCAAACACAACAAACAGUAGCGGUGCUGAUUUAGCCUCUCCUAACUUUCAAAAUUCUGAAAUCAAAUGUUCACAUUUAGAACAACAGCGCCAGUUGGAUAAAAAAAUUAAGGUGCCUGAUAUGAAAGAGGACCCACUUAGGAAACAAGUCAAGAAAAAAGGUCAAAUUGUUGCGUCCAGGUACAUGCAGCCAUCCAAAGGUCCAUUGAAAGCAACGGAAAAGAUAAUGCCAACAACGACAUCACAACAACCUUCUUCUAGAAAUAUAUCAGGCGGUCUUCUACAGAGAUCAUCCAGUCUGAAAAAAUCAAAUUUGAACAAAGCUCCCGUGCAGUCUUCUCAGUCGAGCAUCAACAAAUCAUUCCAUUCGUCAAAGGGCAACAUGUCACCAGCCCAACAACAACAACACCAUCACAAGCGAAGCCAAUCAUCAAAAGACGACAACAAAGCAUCAGGUCCUCUGCAACAGCAGCGACUACAACAAACAACAACCACUAAAAAACAAUUCUUCCCAAUCCCAACAUUGAACUCCUCCAGCGAUAAACAAUCGACAACCUCACUGAAUCAAGAUGGUCACACCGACGUGGACGGCAAACACAAUGACGACGACGACGCCAGAUCUCUGCGACACCACAUGAAAGCUACGCCGACGCUCUCAGAUGCUGACGUCACAAAACCGCAUCAGCACAAGCGAGGUUUGACGUCAUCGACACCGAACAUGUUGCACUCGACGAUGCAGGCGAAGGGCCCCGACCUAUCCUCGUAUAUGCAUUCGGUUGGGGGCAUGGAUGUCUCCUCCAUCGCACCCCUCGAUCAAACCAAGCAACUUGAAAGUGCCCAAGUCACCAAGGACCUCUUCACAUCCAUCAUCAACCAAUCACAAGCUUUGGAUGACAAGCAGUCAAAACUAGCCAAAAAAUCGUACAAAAAUGGCGCCAAAAAUAAUUCAUCGUCAUCGUCAUCAUCCUUGAAGAUGGCUUCCCAAACAAAAUUUGAUAUAAAUUUGAUAUAUUCGAGAUACAUACAAUAUGUGUAUCUCAAUGCUAUGAUAGAACAAUGCUCACAGAAACAAUUUAAACGUGCUAUGGAAGAAUUGCAUGAGUUGUGGUUGCUAGCUGAAGAAACAUCACAGAGGAAACAUGACCUUCAACUUGAACUCCGUGAACUUGAAAGACUGGAGUCGACCAGUCAGGCUGUCUCUAUACUGGAAGAAACGCUGCCAUCCAUCAGUGGUCAAAUAGACGAGUUCACCUACAUGCACGACAAACUGAUCAAAAGUUUGGAUAGCAAACGUCACGUGAUGCCCGUGUCUGGUGACGUCUACCUGCCCGAUGAAAAACUAGAAGAUGCUUAUUAUGCUGGAUUAACGUCGGAACUGAAGAGCGUGCACGUGAGCCUACAGGAGAUGAUGAGGAAGAUAGGAGGCGAACCAAUUCAACUGCUUGAGUUAAAGGAUAGUGCACAUGAAAUGAAGCAAAUAACACCACAAUUUAUUGACGAAUCUAACAAAUGUCGCUCGGCAAUCGUCGAGGCAGUCGAUGCACUGACUGAACAUCGCUUCAUGAAGAUCGCCAACAACAACGACAACAACAAGACAUCACCUCCCAAGUUUAAACUGCCAUGAGACUCAUGAUGACGACGAUGACGACAACGACGAUGAUGAUAAUGGUGAUGAGAACGACUUCGAUCAUCAUCAUGAUCAUUGUGAUGAUCAUUGCGUCGAGAAUUUAAUAGACUAACCUUAUUUGUCAAGCCUGUGCAUCCACAUAAAAAAAAUUUUUUCAAAAAUUCAUUUCGUUCAAUUUCUCUUAGCUUUGAUUUCUGUAAUUAUAUGUUUUUCCUAUUUCGUCACAAAAUCUGAUAAUGAAUUUAUUAACAAUUUGGAAAAAAUAACUUCAAAAAUCAUAAUUUUGGUUUAUUAAAUGUACAAUUUG